UCCCAUCCACAGUCGCGGUCACACUGCCCAACCAACCGAAACUCAGAAAACUUUGUUUUCCCGUUCAGCUGCAAAAAAGUGAAAAGCGUUUGUUCAAAACGGGCAGCAUGUGAGGCACCCAAUACUCCACGCAUUUGUAUCUUAUAGGAAAGUGCCACCGGAAAAGUGCGUGAAAAUCGCGAGUGCAGGUGUGAAAAUAGUUUAAAAAAAGAGCUCUGCAAUUGAAGAGAAACACUGCUGCAGUUGUGUGUGGCUGUGCGUGAGUGUGUGCGUGUGAGUGCGGCUCUCUGGACGCAAAUUCCUUGGCCGAAAGGGAAGGUGAGGGAAGGGAAGCGAAGUGGGGCAGGAGAAUCCAAUCCCGAAUCCCCCAAAAACGAAUCCGAAUCCGGAGCAUCAGAAAUAGCGCAACGAGAUGGUGAUGGCGAUGACGACGAAGGCGCUGCUAACGAAGAAGAUGAUGUAAAAGCCAUAUCGCCAUAUCCCCUUUCUCUUCUCUCCAAACGAAAGCGAAAUCCCAGCUGGGAAACUCCAGCUCUAAGUAAAACCGAACCAGAAACCAAAAAGAGCCCACGACAGACGUUUUGAAUUUCGUUGGACUGUCGGAUUGUUGGACUGGCGGACUGAAAUCGAAACUGCAUUCUUGCGACUCAUAUUCAUACCAUAAGACACAUAUCGCGCACGGAAUCGAACAUGAGAUUGCCGUGGUGCUUAUCGGUGGUCAGUAGGAACCUGCCCUCGCUGCUCCUUCUCCUGGGUGGGGUUCUGGUUCUCGCCGAGCGGGACUUCAAUGUCAACGACUCCCAGGUCCCUGUUAUAGAGCCAAAAGAUGUGCCCGCCUACAAACAGGAUCCGUAUGUUACGGAGUUGAUGAGCUGCCAAAAUACCCCAAACGAGAUUGUGCUUUCGCUACUUCUAAAAAAACACGACUGGAGUGAGCUGACUGCCACAAAACGAGCUCAUGUUCAAGCCAAGUUGGCCAAGUUCUUUGCCAUACCGAAGGAAUUUAUUUCCCUGGAUUCGGUGUCCAAGCGUGAAUUGAAAUCCAUGCACAAGUUGGCCAUGCGAAAAGGAGGCAAGGGCAACAAGAAUAUCGAGACCCUCAAUCGACGACUAGGACGCGCCAGUUUCAUGAUCGGCUGUGGUCCAAGCUAUUUUGUGAUGGGUGAGCCGAUAGCCAAGCAGAUUGCCCACCAGAUGAAGGAUGGUACUAUAGGUGCUUUAACAGAAGAGAACUUUGGCUUGUGGUUCAUUUGGCGAAAGGAAUUGAAAUCAAGAUCGAAUCGCAAGCGACGUCAGUCUGAGGGUUCCGGUGCUGAUGAGGAUGACUACGACUACGGGGAAGAUGACGAAGAAGUAUCUAGUGAGCCUCCUACGGAAGUGCCGCCACUAUCCGCACAUGCUCAUCGACAUCAUCACGGAGCGUCGGAAGUGUCCAUGUUGGAGAAGAUAGUAUCGCCCGAAGUCUCCGUCUCCGUUUCGUCGGAGGUUCCCUUGGUUGCCAAUGUGGAGGAGGAGAUGGAGGAGAGUGUCUCCAAGUUGGAGUCGGUGAUCAGCAAGACGAUUGAGAAUACCAAGAAUAUCAAGGAGUUAACUGUUCUGGGCGAUCCGGAUGAUGAUGAGGAGGAGGUGGAGCUACAGCAGUUGGGAGUUCCACUGGCCGUGGAGAUUCUGCGGGAGGAAACCACGACGAGAGCCACGGAAAUGGUAAAGCCUGUUUAUUUGGAGGAGAAUGGAAAUCAGGUGGAGUCCAGGGCACAAGAGGCCCUAGAAGUGGACUUCUUGGCCACGCCCACGCCCUCGGCGUCCGCCCCCGAAACACAGAAGCCAUUCUCACCCUAUGAUGCCAUCUCUUCGGUGUCCUCGUCGUCGUCGUCGUCUUCGUCCGUCUCGUCCAUUGCUUCUGCUGGAGAAGCUGGAGAAGAUUCAUCUUCGGUGCCCACCCCUCAUCCGCCCUUGCCCACUGACAUGCCCACAGAGCAAGACAGCACUUCUGCCUCAUCAUCCCCAUAUCCAUCCUCAUCCGCAUCCUCAUCACCUCCAUCACAAGCCACUCAGCCAACUACAUCAUCUGCAUCAUCAUCAUCAUCAACAAGCACAACAGCAACAAUCUCAACUACAACAGCAACAUCAACAGCAACAACUACAUCAACUACAACAACAACACUCUCUGAAUCGCCAAAGCCAAAUACUGUGCUUAAUGAGUUCGAGCUGAGCACCCCGCUGCCUUUCGACGAUUUUGGUGGCACAGCAGCAACACCAAAUGCAACUGCAACAGCAGCCACCGCAACAGCAACAACUGCAACUGCAACAACAGCAGGCGAAAGCGAAUUUCAUAUAGAGUCCACAACGCACCGCACUAAUAGCUCUAAGGAAGGAGAAGGAGAACCCGAUGCCAUCAGCAGCAGCAGCAGUAGCAACAAUAGUCUGGCCAAUAAUGAGCUGUCCACGCCCGUCACGCCCACAUCUUCACUGGCUUCGACCACGGCCUCCACUUCGGAGUCCAGCAGCAGCAGCACCUUUGUGUCCACCGACUAUGUGGAACCGCAGCCCGAGGAGAACAGCCCGCCCAUCAUCAAGACGCGUCUGCAGAAACUGGCGGUCACUUCGGGCAAGGCCUUCACCUUCCACGUGCUACCGGAAACCUUCUACGAUGCCGAGGAUCAGGGCAAUCUCCGCCUGGCUCUGACCGACAAGGAUGGCCACGAGCUGAAGGCCAACUCCUGGCUGCAGUUCAAUGCCGACAAGCGGGAGCUCUAUGGCCUACCCCUGGAUGAUACUGUAUCCCGCUGGCAGUACCGCCUGUCGGCCACCGAUUCGGGCAAUGCGAGCGUCACGGAAACGGUGGAGAUCAGUGUUCAGCAGCAUAGGGCGGUGAGGACCAUCAACCACGAGGUCAGCAUUGUUGUCCGGAUCAACGAGAAGCUGGGCCACAACAUCGACUGGCAAUUGAAACUUAUCAAUGCGGUGGCCAGGACCUUGGAUGACUCCAGCAACUCGGCAGUGGUGGUGCGGGAAAUCCGUCAAACACCCCACGAUCCUCACAGUGCCACCUUUGUCUACUUCAAUGAGACUCUGCCCACCAGCGAGUGUCCGGAGAAGGAAUUGAAUGAUAUUGUCCAGCGUCUGGAUGCCCAGAGACUGAGUGAUUUGGUGCAGCCGCAGCUGGGAAUCAAAUCCAUAACUGGCCAGCUGAUUGGAUCCUGCCAAAAGGAUCUGACCCAGGUGAAGCCCACGCAGCACAUGGCCAAGAAUGUGCCGCCUAUGCCGCGCAACCAAGUGGAUCGCGUGAAUGCCAGCCUGGGCCAACUGCUGGUCUACAAAGUUCCAGCGGAUACCUUCUACGAUGCCAACGACAACCAGUUGACUCUGACUUUGAAGACCAGGGAUCACCUGGAACUGAGUCCACGCCACUGGCUGCAGUUUGACUCUAAGAACGAGGAGUUCUAUGGUAUUCCCAAGAGUGGCGACAUUGGUUCCGAGGAGUAUCUCCUGGUGGCCGAGGAUAGUGGCGGCUUGAGUGCCCACGAUGCCUUGGUCGUGGUGGUUAGUCCUGCUCCCAAGCGCGAGUUUGGAUUCUUCUUCAAGGCCUACUUGUCCAUCAGGCACGAGAGAUUUAAUGCCGACCUGCAGCGAAAGUUUGUGGAGCGUGUGGCCAAGCUGAAUGGCGAUGCCACCACUGGCCAAAUUCAGAUCCGCUCCAUAACCACGCACCACGACUCCGAUGGCACCAUUGUGAACUUCUACAACACGACGUUGUACAAGAAGCACAACAACUGUCGGGAGAAGGAGGUGGCCACCACCAGGAGUGUCUACCUGAACAGCGAUCACAGCUUGAGGGAGGCGGCCAAGCGGGCCUUGGGUCCCGAGCUGAAUCUGACCAACUUUUCGGUGGUGCCUUUCAGUAACUGUCAUCAUCCCGAGAACAUGGACACCAACCAGUUGGAUUACAUACCAAGCCGUCCCGAGGAGCCAGCCCAUAAGUCCUCUUUCGGCGAGGAUUACAUGAUCACCUACGUGCUGCCCAUCGCAAUCAUUAUUGUGAUGGUGUUGAUUUCCUCGAUUAUAGCCUGCUGCCUGCACUGGUGUCGCCACAGAAGCGGCAAAAUGGAGCUAGGCGACGAGGAGGAGCGCAAGUCCUUCCGUGCCAAGGGAAUUCCCGUGAUCUUCCAGGACGAGUACGAGGAGAAGCCCGAGAUCGGCAACAAGAGUCCCGUCAUCUUGAAAGACGAGAAGCCCCCGCUGCUGCCACCAUCGUACAACACCUCAAACAUGAACGGUGACAACGAUGUGGAUGACUAUGUGCCACCGCCAUCGGUGGUCGUGGGCGGCCGGGAGGUGCGGGGCAAGUCCCCUGCCACGCCCUCCUACCGCAAGCCUCCGCCAUAUGUGUCGCCAUAAAUCAGUGUCAAGAGCAGCAGCAAAGCAGCAACAAGCCUGCAAUCCAGAAAGGAAGCAACAGCAACAAUAAUAACAAUCGCAUCGUAUUAACCACACAAUCUAUAUAGAUAUAUACAUAUAGAUAUUUAUAUAUGUAACCGAUUUGGCACAAGUUAUAUGCAACUAAGCAAACUCUUUUGUAUAUAUCCAAGUGCAAAUUGGUUUCUUUGGACAUUGUAUUCGAAUUGAGGGGCGUAACGAGCCCCGGCCGAGAAGUAUUUGCCAAGUCGAUGGAGUUUUUUGGAUAACGUUUUGUAUUAGCCGAGAAUGGAGAAACAAUCACUGAACGAUUUAAGUGCUAACAGCUGGCAAACAUACACACACUUAAGCUUAUCGAGAAUCGAGGAUCACUAACACAAAACGAAGAACUAUGCUGCAUAUUAUUUAUUUAGUAUGUAUUCUAAUUUAUAUGUAAACCACGCGAACACAAACACAUCCACGAGGAGGACACAAAGGAGUUUAGUAGGCAAAGGUCCUAUGACACUAGCUUUAUUUUUGACUAACUAUGACUAUGGUAACUUCAAUAUGAUUUAAGAUAAUAAUUCAUAAUAUAUUGCCAUAAAUAAAUCCAGUUCAAUCACUAAGUUAAGUAAGUGGCAUAAGACCUUUGCCCUGAAGGCUUGAGGCCUUAUGACACUAGAUAUCUUUAGGACUAACUGACUGGAUUUCUUUGAGCACCUCGUGGCAACCUUUUGUGAUUAAAGAUUUUAAUUCGUAACAGAUUGCCACGAGUUCUUCAAAUAAAUCCAGUUAGUCAUAAAUUUAGCUAGUGUCAUAAGGCCAUAAGAGGAGUUUAGAGGGCAAAGGCCUUAUGACACUUGCUUAAUUUUUAACUGACUGAAUUUAUUUUGAGAAGUCAUGGCAGUUUAAAUUUGAUUGAAUAUAUUAACUCAUAACAUGCGUUUUUAAAAUAAACCUAGUUAGUCAUAAAUUUAACUAGUGUCAUAGGGCCUCAAGCUUGCAAAAAGCACACACACACAUACGAGACCAUUUUAAGCAUAGCAUUUAAAACUCUUUGUACUAAUUAAGUUGAAAUUGAGACAAAAAGGACCACAUGUCCUUUGUCCGGACUUUUGGGCAGCUAUUUAUAUACUUUCAGCUUGAUUUGCUCAAGCUGAAUUGUUUGCAUGUUCAUUGUAGUUUGACCAGAAACAUAACUGGCAUUGUGCUGCUUAUUUAAGAAAUAUUUCGAUCAAAGGAUGGGGGAACCUCCGAGGCAGGCUUUGUAUUUGCAAUUGGAUGGUUUCAAAUAAAAUUUAGUAUUUUAGUUGAUUUCCAAUUGGCCUAGAUUACCAGAGAGAGCCGGCCGAAGGACAUGUCCGGGAGCUUUGAUUAUUUAACAUUUUAAGAAGCAAUCAGACCCACAAUAGAGCUGCCAAUAAUCCAGGUGCGAAGAUCGGAUCGCAUUAGCCGUAUUACCAAUCAAUUCCUAAUUGCCCACAAGUGCUUCCCACAGACAGACAAACCAACAGACCAUAUCCACCAAACACACAAACAACACAACACACAAAUAUUUAUAUGAAAAAAAUGAAUUACUUAAAGUAGAACCUAGUUUUAAAUGAUUUUUACACGCUCCCCCUUGAAUUAUUCUAUCUAUGAAAUCUAUGAAGUUAGUUUAUAGCUCUGCUAGUUGGGCAGUACUUACUACACUACCAACCGUCCCCGUUUUCCCGAAUCGAACUAAUACGUAGCGCGUAAAAACAUUGAUUUUAUAUGGAAAUAUAUACACAUAUACCUAUAUAGGAAGUCCAGGCCCUAAGUUAGAGCAAUAAUUGCAUGAAGGGAAAUUGAAUUACUUUACGAGGACGCGCUGAUUUUGUCGUGUAAAAACGUUCACGCAAGUGCUACGUAAUUGCCUAUUAAACUAAGUAUAAUUAACUCAUUUGUCUAUUUGCAUAAGCUCAACCGCUGAAUUAUUUACAUUUUGUAAUUUGUAAUAGCGCGAAACAGCAAUAACAACAACGGUAUCAAUUUAUUUUGAAUAAAAAAAUGCCAAAGAUACGAUUUUAGUUUUAUUAUUUGCCAUUAUUUGCGUAUAUAUUUUUGGACACUGCCAUCACACACAGACAGUCACACAAAAGUAAGUAGAGAGCUAAACAAUUUGAAUAUGUCUAAAACAAAUAAAAAAAAAUUGUGCAAAUUUGCGCAAAAUAAUAUUAAAAAAAAAAUAUUAAAAAUUAAUAUAUUCCGAAAAUAAGGGAAACUACUGUAUAUGUACUAAUGCAAUCUGUUCGCCAUUUGAUUGGCUUAAAUUGAGCGAGUUGUACCCUCCACAAACAAA